UAGACAUAAUAAUUUUAAAAGAAUCAAUUAAUUUCUCGAAAAUUGAAAGAACUUAAUUGAAAUUGAAUAAAAAAAACUAUAUGAUAAUUCCUAAUCAUCUUCAAAUCUAAUGAGUUUAUCGAGUUGUUCGAAAUGUAAGAAAAUAUUUAGAUAAAAUUUUAAAACUAAAGAGAGUAAAACUAGUAGUAAUAAAAAAAACAGAAGGUGAAGUUGUGGUAAAAAUAUACUGAAAAUAAGAAAUUAGUUAUUUGAUGCCAUUUGCUCCAUGUCGUAAGUGUAUGCAUUAAUUAGUACUAGUAGGUAAGAUCUCUAUUUUUCACAUAACAAUAUCAUUAUUAAUUAAGAUAUUAAUCUGUAUUUUCUGGUGAGUAAAUAAAAGGAAAAUGAAACGUAAUGGUUCUAUAUACAAUUUGAGAUGGGUUGCAAAAUAAAAUGGGUUGCAAAAUAAAAUUUGUGCGGUAUGAGAAAUUAAAAAGAAAAUAGUUUUUGGAGGGAAAAUGGAUUGAGAAUUAACGGUAAAUUCAAGAAUCAAGAAGUGACUUUUCUUCAUUCUUGUGCAUUUUUCGUCAUUGAUUCAACAAUGGAUAGAUACUAUUCACUUGAACACAACCCUGAAGCGAUCCCUCCUAAUGAUACCAUCCACUGCCUUACUUUUGGGUGCAGAAUGCAAGUUGCAUCCUUCAACGAUUAUAUUCCGAUGUCUCGAUCAAGAGGAAUAGGGCUCUUUAAUUCGGUGAUUAAUGUUAAUGUAUCAGACAACGUGAGUAAUCAUCUUGGAACUACCGUAGCCAACAUUUACUGUAGCCAAUGUGAUAAAAUGAUCGGGUGGAAAUUUAUUGCAGUCACCCAAGCGUCGGAGUAUAUUACAGAAGGGAGAUUCUGCAUGAGAUUGGACAAGCUUAGUUUUUCGAAUUGUGUAGCGAUGAUUCUUUCAAUCCAGGAACGAAAUUUCCGGGCUAAUGAGGAAAAUGCAGAUCAAGAUGCAGAGACAACUGAUGGAGAAGGAGACUCUAAUGAUCCAGAUUUAGGCACUAAUAACCAAAAUAUUGAUCAAGAUGGAGACACAGCUGAUGAAGGUUUAGGCGCUAAUGAGCAAAAUGUUGAUCAAGAUGGAGACUCUACUGAUCAAGAUGGUGACACAGCUGAUGAAGGUUUAGGCACUAAUGAGCAAAAUGUUGAUCAAGAGGGAGUCUCUACUGAUCAAGAUGGAGAAACAGCUGAUGAAGGUUUAGGCGCUAACGAGCAAAAUGUUGAUCAAGAUGGAGACUCAGAUGAAGAAUAUGAUGGCGCUAUUUCUAGUUACUUGAUGCAUUUCCUCGGUCAAAAUGUUGAUCAAGAAGGAGGCGCUAAUGAGCAAAAUGUUGAUCAAGGUGGAGGCGCUAAUGAGCAAAAUGUUGAUAAAGGUGGAGGCACUAGUGAGAAAAAUGUUGAUCAAGAUGGAGGCCGGCCAAUGAAACGACCGAAGAUAUAGAUCAAGUAGCUGACGGAAUAGAUGAAAAUGCAGACAUUGAUAGGCUACUCAUUCUGAUAUUCUGCUUAUACAAAAUGCUAUGAUUCAUAAUUGUGUGAUAUUCUGUUUUGAGAUUGUACUGCACAUGGUAUUACUUCAGGUUGGAAUAAGUCAAUCUGAAAGUACCAUUCCAUUAGUUUCUUGAUACAAUUCAUCUGUCGAGCAUUUGAGUAUAAUCGACUACUUGAUUACUGAUAUUUCCUUUGAUUUUA